GGGGCGGGUGUUUGCUCUGGAGAAAAAAAAAAGAUGUCGGCAGCCGGGGAGGAGAGGGGGAGUGAGUGCGGUACGGGGGGCUCCUCGUCCCCCGGGGGAUCCACGGAGUGCAGCACGCUGCUCGACCUCCCCAUUGUGGCCAUCGAGAACAUCCUGAACUUCCUGAGCUACGACCAGAUCAGCCAACUGCGCCUGGUGUGUAAGCGUAUGGAUCUAGAGUGUCAGCGCCUACUCAACCAAGGAUUCCUGCGGGUGGAACGCUACCACAGCCUAUGUCAAAAACAGGUCAAAGCACAGCUGCCCAGGAGGGAAUCGGAGAGGCGGAAUCACUCACUGGCACGCCAUGCUGACAUCCUGGCUGCGGUUGAAACUAGGCUUUCUUUACUCAACAUGACGUUUAUGAAAUAUGUGGACUCUAAUCUUUGUUGUUUUAUUCCUGGAAAGGUUAUCGAUGAAAUAUACAGUGUGCUGCGGUAUGUCAAUUCUACGAGAUCCCCUCAGAGGGCUCACGAGGUUCUGCAGGAAUUGCGGGAUAUUUCGUCAAUGGCAAUGGAAUAUUUUGACGAGAAGAUAGUUCCCAUACUUAAAAAGAAGUUGCCGGGUUCUGAAGUUUCAGGUCGACUUAUGGGCUCUCCUCCAGUUCCAGGCCCCUCUACGACACUGAGCACGAUUCAGCUGCUCUCCAAGCAAAAUCCCUCAAGACAGGAGGUGACAAAACUGGCACAGCAGGUUAAAUCCAACGGAGCUGGUAUGACGGUCCUCAGGCGGGAGUUGUCUGAGCUACGCACCAAGGUACAGGAGCAGCAGAAACAGCUACAAGACCAGGACCAGAAACUGCUAGAACAGACCCAAAUCAUAGGAGAGCAGAACGUGCGACUUGCUGAACUGGAGCACAAACUGCGCGAGGUCGUGGAUAGGGCUGUAGGCAACCCUGGAACGAGCCCGCGGGAGGACUCCCCGCAAAAAAGGAAGAAAGCAGCUGAAGUUGCGGACUGUCCUAGGAAAUCAAAGCGCCUUCGAACCAGGAAGUGAACACGACUGGACUGUUUAGCGGCAUGGUUUUUAAACUGGGCCCUGGUUGGCAACCAAGGUGUAACCGAUCAGCAGUGUUUGGUAUAGGUUUCACUUUUUCCCUUCCAUGCGGUUAAAUGCCACUACAAAACAAGCACCUUGCAGGCUAUGCUAUAGUUUAAUUGGGUAUUUUGCAGCCAGUGGGAGGUAGGUUACAGCAGAAAUAUAUUACACCCCCCCCCCCCCCUCUUUCAAAGGAUUUACACACUGCAGAAACUGAAGAUGUCACUUCACUAUUCUUAACACUAGCCACACGCUUUAUAUAUAGUGACUGACAUUACCAUAUUUAAUGAGAGUCCUUCAUUUUGCUUUACAGCUAUUUAUGUUUCUUCAGUCUAGCUCCAGCUAAAAUGUUACCUUCUGUGUUUAGUUUUGAUGAAACAAUGUGGACCUGUACCUUGGAAGCUAUGUCCAAAAAUCCCAAGCAGAGCGCAAAGGACUAGUAACCAGUGUUGCUUGUGGCCCCUUUGCAUCUGAUCUUUUCCCCAUUCCUGGCUUGGUAGAGGAGCAGGGCUUUGCUUCCUCAUGUCUGAGCUGUCCCCUUGAUAA